AUGGAUAAUAAUAUUGAUAAAGACUUACUUUAUAAAUCCUAAUAUCAUUCAGAUAGCUUACUUAAGAUUGUAAAAAAACUUAAGUCAGAAAAUUUAGCUUUAAUAAGUUAAAUCCAAUAAUUAUAAAAACAAUUAAGUAUUUAAGGGGAUGAUUCCUUAAUUUAGAAGAUUUAAAGUGAUAAUUUAAUUCUGACCUAAGAAAAUGAGAAGCUCAUUGAUAAAUAGAAAGAAUUAACAUAAUAAAUUUAUGAACUGCAAAUUUAAAACACUAAUCUGUAAUUACAAUUAAAUUUAACAAAACAAGAAAUGUCUAAAUAAUCAAAUUCAAUAACAAAUGAGGAAUUAUAUUAGAAAUAUUAAUAAUUAGAGUUUGCAUAUAAAAAAGCUCAAUAAGAUAAUGAUUAAUUAAUUUAAAAAAAUACUCAAUUAUUUAAUGAAAAAAAUCAACUUUAUGAAGAAUUAUUGAAAGUAGAAGAACUAUAUAAAAAAGCAAAAAGCUAAUAAAAUUUAUCUAUGUCUAUGUCAAUGUCAAUGCAAACUAUGGAAUUAUGUAUAUUAUAUUCAAAUUAUUUAGCAUAAUAAAUAAUUGCCUAAAAUGAUUACAAUAAAUCAUAAAUUAUGCGUAUCAAAUAAAAAGAUUAUGUAAAACUUAUACAAGAAUUUUAUAUCAUUUCUGUUCCAAUUACUUCAAUAAAAUAUGAAAAUCCAGAACCUAUGGUAUUAUUUAAACAUCCUAUUUAAUGUGAUAAUGAGCUUAAGACUCUAUUUUAAGUUCUUCCUUUGUUUUCUUUUCCAAGAGGGAUUAAAUGUUAUCCAUCUUAAUAAGCUAAAAAAGAUAUUUUAAGGUAUAAUAUAUAAUCAUUAGAGUUUUGUAGGAUGAUUAAUUAUUGGAUUUUUCAAUUUAAGUUUUUACACCAAAUAAGGAUUCUGGUAAAGAUAUUAAAAAUGAAUUUAUACAAAAUACAAAUCCUGAUCAACUUCUUUAUGCUGUGAUUGUAUCAUCACCUGACUUUAUUGCAGAUAAAAAGUUAACCAAUUCACAUGAAUUAGUAAAAUAAAAGAAAUUAGGUAAUCCAUCCUAAAACAUUUAUCUAUCUAAUGUAGCUUAUAUCAUAUUGACUUAUUAUCCUUACCAUAUGUUAUUCUAUUAAAUAAUAAAAAAUAUAAUAAAAACAUUAAAAUUCGAAAGAAAUCAACUAUCCAAAUAAGCUUUUGAAUAAGAAUAUGAUUUAAGAUCAAUAGAUUAAUAUUAUUUUACUAAUCAUGAAAAUGAAAUCAGAAAAUAUUUAGAUUAAGUAUAAUAAUUAACUCUUACUAAAAUAAUACAACCUAUAAAAUUAUUUGAUAAUACAGACUUUAUUCAAAAUACUUAAUUAAGUCCAAUUUUAUAUAAUUUUGAAUUGGCCCCUAAUAAUCUAUUUUAAGGAUGGUCUGCUUCAAAUUUUGUCUCUGCAUUUUAAGCAGUUAUAUUGGAAUCUAAAGUUGCCAUUAUCAGUCGAUCAUAAAAGCAUAUUGCUUACUUAAUGAUUUUGCUUUCACUAUGUAUCAAACCCUUAAAUUAUUUUCAUCCCUUUAUUUUUGAUGUACCAGAAAAAUUAAUGCCUCUCUUAGAUGCUCCAGUUCCAGUAUUUUUAGGUCUCUAAAUGGAAGAAUUUCGUUAAUUUAAUGAUGACGUUGUUUAUAUCAACACAAUUUCUUCUAAUGUGGAGAUACAAAAUAUUGAAAGAUUAAAAAGUAACUUGUUAAUUGAAUUGGAAAAUUAGAUAAAACCAGUCUUGUGCAACUUCAAUAUAAUUUUAAUUAAAAAAAUUGAAUUAUUAUUGAAUAUUUUCAAAGAUUUCAUGAAUUAAGCAUUAAAUAGAAUUAAGAAUUAAUAAGCAAAAGAUUUGUUUUUAUAAAAGAUUGAGGAGACUUAAAUUUAUUAAAUGUAUAAAUGA